UUGACACCAAGCAAUCAGUUCCGCACUAAUCGUCUCACAAACCUUCUGAGCCAAUGCAAGACCAUGAAAGAGCUCAACCAAAUCCACGCCCAGGCUACAAUUUCCGGCCACUCCUCCGACAACUACAUCAUCUCCAAGCUCCUCCUUUUCUCCACCACCUCCGGUCCCCAAACCACAGACUACUCCUUCAAGCUCUUCUCCACCGUCUCCAAUCCCGGCUCCUUCUUCUACAGCACCAUCAUCAGAGCCUUCUCCACCUCCAAGAACCCCGCCCACUCCUUCUCCCUCUACAAUCAAAUGCUUCUUGCCGGCAUCUCCCCUGACCACUUUAGCUUCCCUUUCCUCACCAAAGCCUGCGCCCGCCUCGCCUCCCUCCCUCUCGGAACUUCUCUUCACUGUGACAUUGUUAAGUAUGGCUUCUCCUCUGAUCUUUUCGUGCAGAACUCGUUGAUCCAUAUGUAUGCUUCUUGUCGUGAUAUAGUGUCUGCCAGGGGAGUGUUUGAUGCAAUGUGUGUGAGGAACUUGGUGUCAUGGAAUACCAUGGUCGAUGGGUACGCUAAAUGUGGUGAUUUGGUUGCUGCACGGAAUGUGUUUGAUGGAAUGCCUGUGAGGGAUGUUGUGUCUUGGAGUGCGCUGAUUGAUGGGUAUGUCAAGGGUGGUGAGUUUAGAGAGGCGCUUGCGGUGUUUGCUAGCAUGUGCGAUGAUGGAAUGAAGGUCAAUGCUGUGACGAUGGUUAGUGUGUUGUGUGCUUGCGCUCACUUGGGAGCUCUUGACCUGGGGAGGAGAAUGCAUCGUUACAUAAAGGACAAUGGUAUGCGCCUUACUAUCCAGUUAUCAACUUCUCUGGUGGAUAUGUAUGCCAAAUGUGGAUCAAUAACAGAAGCUCUGGCUGUGUUUCGUGAAGUACCGGUGGUGGAGACUGAUGUUUUGAUAUGGAAUGCAAUCAUUGGAGGCCUUGCGAUGCAUGGACGGAGCAAGGAUUCUCUGGCAUUGUUUGAGGAGAUGCAGGCAACCGGCCGUGUGCAACCAGAUGAGAUCACCUACUUGUGCUUGUUGAGUGCUUGCACCCAUGGAGGCUUAGUAGAGGAUGCGCGGCGCUUCUUUAAUUUGCUUAAAGCACAACGCAUGGCUGUGCAAGUUGAGCAUUAUGCUUGUAUGGUUGAUGUCCUCGGGCGUUCGGGCCGUGUAGAAGAAGCUUAUGAGAUUGUGAGGACCAUGCCCAUGCAGCCGAGUGCAUCUGUUCUGGGAGCUCUUCUCACUGCCUGUCAAACACAUGGUCAUUUACAUCUUGGUGAGCUUGUUGGGCAAAUGCUGAUUGAAUUAGAUCCAGAUCAUGAUGGAAGAUACAUUGGUCUUUCAAGCGUUUAUGCUUCGGCAAAGCAAUGGGAUGAUGCAAAGACGACGAGAGAGGUCAUGGAGAGAAGAGGUGUUAGGAAAACUCCAGGUUAUAGUGCAGUAGAGGUGGAUGGGAGUCUUCAUAGAUUCAUAGCUCAUGACAAGAUGCAUCAGCAAACAACUGAUGUAUAUUCUAUGCUCAGUUUUUUGCUAAAUCAAAUGAAACUUGAAUCUGAUAUCAUUAAUGGUGAACAGUUUAAGCAGGAAAUUUGGGAGAAUGUUUGAAUGGCUAUCUGGCUUCUCUGCUGAACUUGCUAACUUUAGUAACCUUUAUAUUGUGAAGGAUAAAUUGCUGAUAUCUUGUCAGGCGAAAUCAAGCAUAUAAGGAUGUCUUAGCAAAAAAAAAACAAUUCUCAACUGCCUUAUGGGAUGAUCUCAGCUGAAGCCAUGAAGUUUAACAGAAGGUUUUUUUUUUUCACACACCCUCAAAAUUUGAGGGUGUGUGAACCAUAUUGCAUGCAUGAGUGGGUUAAAAAGGCAUUUAUGUAGGUUCAUAAUGAGAACUAAUUUUCAAAGCUCAGGUUGGACAAGCAUCAUUCUAAACAUAGCUGGGGCUUUCUUUUGGAAAUUAGUUUCUUAACAUCAUGAGAACAUCAUUUAGGUUAGAAUUAGUUUAUAUGCUCAAUAUAUGAU